AUGUUACAGGUUCUCCACAUUCUAAAAGGUAAACUGAUCUUUCUGCCCGCGGGGGUGAAAGGGCCGGGCAGCUCUCAGACGGCAGCGAACUCCAACAGCAGAGCCAUGUUUUAUAGCACUACCAAGAAAAUUGUGAGUGAGAUUGACCCUGAAGGCAGCGCACUGUUUCCUGUGAAAAGCCCGCUUGAUUCUCCAAAAUGCAAACCACUUCACCUAGUCAUCAAAAAGAAGCAAAAAUUUUUUUUCAGCAGAGAAAAUUAUGUUCCCACUUCCUUCACACUGACUGAUAUAUUGAUUGAUGGCCAAGAUUUAGAUUUUGGAUUGAGUAGCUCUAUCAUUGCCUGCUAUUCUCAAGCUUUCAGCGCCUCGGCCAAGGCCCAAGCGGGCGUGGAUUCCGGCUAUGUUGAUGUAGGAGCGCACGUCUCAGGAAGUUCCUCAGACACCAUGUCAAGUGUGGAAAUGCGAAAGCACACAAUCUCUGAUCGCACGCUGCUGGAUGUUGUCAAAGACAGGAAAGUGAACAGAGAACAUCCCUUUGUGAAACAGAUGAAGAAUGAUAUGCUUUAUGUGAUACUGGAAGUGAUAGAGACGGAACACGCAUGUUCUGUAAAAAACUCAGCUAAGGCUGAAACAGGAAUGAAAUUUCUAAUGAAACUUCUGAAGUUUGAAGCUGAAGUCGGCAUGAGUCAAGAAAGGAAGUUAACUUUUCCAGCUGGAACAUCUAUUGCGUACAAGGUCUCUGAACUGAUCAUUGGUCUAAAUGAUACUCUGGAUUUAAAUUGGGAAAUAAGCUACCAGCGUUCUGGAGCGUCAAGUUAUGACAAAAAAGAACCACUAGCUACUAUACUUGCUGAGCUGACGAAAAUGUGUGUGGACAAGAAGCCACUGUUCCUCAACGUGAUCCUUGAAAUUCUUGGCCAUGGUGAUAGCCUUACGGUUCUUGAUGAAAUGCUGGACCAGAUUUUGGAUGAUCUGCAGCCUGACCUCCAAGUGUUGGAUCAGAUGGAGGAAGAUAACAGAGCAUGUGUGGAGAAGAUGUUGGAUCUGUUGGCAAUUAAGAGGGAAGAUCCACCAGGAGAACCCCUCGCUCUCACCCCAGAGUCCAGAGCCAUCAUCCAGGCGACAAGCAUUCUCAUCCAGUCACUCAGCGAGAUGGAUCCUGAAACUUUAAUCCUGUUGGCAAGCAGUGUUAAGGCAGAGAUUAUAUCCAAACAGCUAAAGCUGGCGAUUAUAAUUGAUGACACAUGGUCUAGUGCAUCUCGAUAUGUUAACCUGGCGGUUAAGGAAGACUCCGAGGCAGUUAAGGAAGACUCCGAGGCGGUUAAGGAAGACUCCGAGGAGGUUCUGAUCACUCAGCUCACUGACGAGGAGUUUGAAAUAACUCAGCAUCUGCUGGAAGAGUUUGGAUUUCAACUGGACAGAGGAAGUGCUUCGGCUUUACCCAUUGAGAACCGUAAACGAGGAGCCAUACUUCCUCUCUAUGCUGCUCUGUAUGCUCUCAAUGCGUUAUGUAACUGAGCUGUUGUGUUGGGCUUCAUCAGUGUUUCCACUCUGAAGGAAAUUACCUGAAAUUUGGGAAAUUCUGGUUGUCUUCGGGUAAUUUUAGGGAAAUUAAAUAAUUUCGGGAACUUUCCUGGCCCGGGAAGCCUUCCCCAACUAGGGCUGGGAAAUAGCAUGUAAUUUGGUAAUUUGGUAUUCUAUUUCAAGAAUUUAUUUUCUUUUUGAAGUGUGGAAGCACUGUGCUUCACGACCAUUGUUCAUGGUUCUUCUCUUGACAUUAGUUCACAAGGCGUUGGAGCAGAAUUAGGCCAUUCAGCCCAUUGAGUCUACUCUGCCAUUCAAUCAUGGCUGAUCUAUCUUUCCCUCUCAACUCCUUUCUCCUGCCUUCUCCCCACCACCUUAGCCCUUGCUAAUCAAGAAUCUGUCAAGCUCCACUUUAAAAAUACCCAAAGACUUGGCCUCCACAGCCAUCUGUGGCAAUGAAUUCCAUAAAUUCAUCACUCUUUGGCUAAAGACUUCCUCCUCAUUUCCAUUCUAAAGGCAGGUCUCUCUCGGCCCACGGGGUGGCUGUCUGUGCACCCCCAGUCUCCCCAUGUUAGAAGAUGUCACAUACAGGCAUGUAUCUGAAGAAUAAAUAACUACAGUACUGAUACUCCAUAUUAAGAGCAUUGAUUUGCCAUUAAAAUAAAUUCUGUAAUAACGCUUCAACGGUGGCAGUGACAAUUGAACACCGCGGUUUUAAUGUUUCGUGUGUUCACAAUUUAAUUAAUCCAUCUUUAUAGAUUAAAGCAAAUAAUAACAUUGGGAAUUAAAA